AUAUUUACGUAGGAAGAUGCACAGCGUCAGACUGAGUACACACGUAUGUACGUAAAUGCAUUGGAAAAGGUCUGACAGCUCUGUGGAAAGGAGAAAGCUGGGAGGGCGGAUGAAGGGAGCUGACUUGGUGCAUUGUGUAUGUGAGAUUCUUAACAUUAUUAUUUAGGAAGAAAAUGUGAUCAUGUAAUUGAAAAAAUCUGCACUUGGCAAGUUUGUUUCUCCUCUUGGCUUCCCAUCGGUAGAGACCUGUUCAGACUCAGACCGCAGGCCAGACAGGAGUCAAGAAAAACGCCUUUCUCCCUUCUCACUGCUUCACCACUUACCCCCCUUCACCUUGACACCGUUGGAAUUGGCCUUGGCUUUUGUGGAGAAGCCUUCCUCACAGCCCUGGUCCUUAUCACAGAUCUGCCUGCAAAACCCUCUCGAAAGGAGGAAACACUUUGAAGAGAGUAAAUCACACACAGGCACAUAAAUACAUGAAUUAGACCCUAUUCCUAAACCGUAUUUGAUAAAUAUUAAGAUAAAAUGUUUACAGGAUAUAUCAAUUUUAUCUUAAACAGUUGUGCCAUGUGUCCUAUUAAUAUGAUCACAUGAUAUUAAUUUCUUAUUUUGAAAUAAUUUUUGACUUAGAAAAAUGUUACACAAAUGGUACAAAUAAUUCCAUUAAAUCCUUCACCCAGCUUCCCCAGACGUUAGCAUUUAACACAACUAUAACACAAUUAUUAUAAGUAGGAAAUUAGCAUUACUACUACUCUGUUCACUAUCUACAGAUAUUAUUCAGAUUUCUACAACAAUUGUUCCUUCCCCUCACCCCAGUCCAGGAUUCAAUCCAGGAUCUCACAAUGCAUUUAAUUGUUAUGUUUUACAUAGAUACUUCUAAUUGGUGAUAGUUUCUCAAUUUUUCUUUUUCAUGACUAUACUUUUGAAGAAUACUACUCGCCAUUUUGUGAAUGUUCUUCAAUUUGGUUGGUUUAGUAUUUUCUCAUUAUUAAUUCAGGUUGUGCAUUUUUGGGCAAAAAUAUUAAAUAAGUUAUUUUGUGCCCUUUCUAGUGCAUCAUAUCAGGAGGCACAAGAUGUCAAUGUGUCCUUAAUGGUGAGGUUAAUUAAAAUGGUGUCCUUAAUGGUGAGGUGGUGGCUGCCAGGUUUGUCCAAUGAGAAGUUACGAUUUUCCUUUUUGCAUUGGGUCAUAGGAGGCAGACACCCUCAUCAUAUGUACCUCAGUUUUACCAUUCAUGAUCCUUGACUGCAACAGUUAGUACUAAGGUGUUUGCCAUGGUGAUUUUUCUACUUCCAUCAUUCUUACUAAAUUUCAAUAUGAAUACUUAAAUGCACAAUAACUUUUUAAAGGAAAAUAUUUUUACUGCUUUAACCUAGGGGGGAAAGGCAUUUGGAGAUUGUGUGAUAUGCUGUGGAAUUAGUGGCUAAAAUGGAAUUUAUGAAUGCAUUACAGAUAACUGAAUUCUAAAAGAAUAAAACACUAUUCUUAAUACUUGUAAGGGCAUGGAUUCUAAAAUCACAGUUUACAUGGAUUUAGAAGCUCAUUACUUGAACUGGAUUUAUUACUCCUGUGUUUGUGCCCAUCACUGACCCUUUUGAGGAUCUGUUAUCUAUGAAUCCUUUCCUUGCUAAAUGGUACAGUAAAAUGGUACUUAAAAAUAGAACAAAAAGUCUUCGAUUUUAUUUCUAAUAUGCUGCUAAUUUUUGCUGACAUUUGCAAAACUGAUCUUUAAAUUAACAAUACAGUUGAAACUCAGCCAAUAUCUCACUUUAUUUAGCCUCCGUGUUUGCUGAAAAGAUUUACUGGAAGUCAAUGCACUGUAAGGAGGUGAAAUUCUUGUGGGUGAAACUUACAUAUUUCAAUCCAUUUGGCUAUCAAGCAUUUUGAUAAGCCUCAUUUGAUUAUGUUACCCUGUGCAGCGUUUUCCCUAACCUUUAUUACUGUAGAUGGAAAACUGGUCCCAAGAUUGGGUCUCAGCCUUGAUGUCAAUUUUUCUUGCUUUCAGUAAGAAGGAAAACAGGAGAGUAAGUUUAGAGUUUUUGUUGUUGUUGUUUUGUUUAUAAAUCACUGACCCUUCUGAGUAUCUGAUAUCUAUGAAUCCCUUACCUGGUAAAAUGCACAAACGCACAUGUUGCAUGAGAGCACAAGCAGUCCCAUGUCAAACGGGGGGGAGGUAUGGAGGUGGUUAUGGGGAGGGAAAAGCUGACUGUCAGAAGCUUCCCAGACACGGUUUUCCCUCCUGCCAUAUGGCACAGCCAACCUCUCUUGGCAGCUCAGGUGGGGCCGCUAAGGCUACACAGCCCAUCUGUCUCCUUGUCAUUUCCAUCUAACCCCCUCCCUUAACCCCCAAUAUCAUCCUCUCCUUUAUUACUUAGCCCCCAGUCUGCUCAGCUUUCUUGCUGGCUCUUCACUCCUCAUGAGGUGCUCCCUGUCACCAGCUUUCACCAACUCUUUCACCUCGCUCACCAACUCUUGUUUGGGAAGAUAGCGCAGAAACUCAAGUGAGAGAACCUGCCCACUUCCAAAUGGCUGCAGCAGAGAAGCACUUGAGUGAAUGUCAAUGCUCUCCCUUCUCAUCAGCACAGAACGCUUGCCACGUUUCCCUGCCUAUCUGAAAGUGGAACAAGAGCUGAUGAACACGUUGGGGGGAUACGUCUAAUAUCUAUGGCUUACACAAACGGUCACCAUUACCAACGGAGAGAAAGUCCCGUUGUAACAAAACUUUCUCCCCCCCCCCCCCCCCCCCCGCAAACGGAAAGAACGUGAACUCACAGAACCCGCUUCUUCGCCCGCCAACCCCCUCAUCUCCUGCUGGCGUGACAGCCCUCGGCGCCCGGCCCAGCUCAGGCCCGCCAAGGCUCGCGGCAAAGCUUGGCGCUCCAGUGCGCGCCUCCGCGGACAAAGAGCAGGCGGCGGCGAGGCUGGGCUGGAAGGUGGAGGCGGGCCGAGGGGCGCGCCGGGGGGAAUCCCUCCCGACUUCUGACGUCACCAAAGCGCUGGCCAAUGAGAAGCGGGAGAGGGGGAUUCCCGCUCCCGCUGCCGCCCCGCCAGCUUUUUAAACAGUACCCUGGGGAAUACUCUCUGGGAGCAGUGGGAGGAAUGGGGGAAAUGGAGGUUAAGAGCGAAAAAUGAUGGUCCUGGGGGAUGAGACUAGAGGUUUGACGAUUAGGCGUCAAGGCUGGCUUAGACCGGGGGGAAAACCAGAGCCGAUCGAGGUGAGGCCGAACACCCGGCAGGGGAAAAUCCUCCUGAGAUGGAGUGGAAACUGGAGCGCACCGCCCCGCGGAGGGUCCGGACGGAAGAAGAGAUGCUGUGGGAGAACGUCAUGCGGGUGCUCGCCAAAGACAUGAAGCAAAAGAGAAGUCAAGGUUCUCCCAAGAUAUUUGACGGAGUUAAUACUACAUAUUCUAACUUUAAGAGCAACUUUGUGAAGAGACUGUCGGCAGAGGUUCCCGUUGCCAGUAGCCCAAUUACCACCAGAUGGCGGCAAAGCCAAACCAGGGAUCUGGCAGUUGAUUCCUUUGAGGAAGAGCGUUCAACCACUUACCUCCCAGAAGCUUCUGGAUCCGUGCUGAAGAUAACUCCUGAAAAAGAGACCUUGAUUCUAGGGUCCUACAAAGAACCACUGAAGACCCCCGUCAAAGGGAAUUUUGAAACAAAUAACUCAGCUCUCCAUUUUUGCAAGGCACCUCAUGCACUGGGCAGAGGCUGGAAUGAAAAUGUUGCCUCAAAAGGCCAGAAAUGCCUAAACCAGCUAUUUUUGACCCAGAAGGUGGCUCAGUGGGUUAGUGGGAAAAUGCAGCUCUGUGAGAAAUCCCAAUGUGUUUGGAAAGGCUGCAGAGAUGGAGUCAGAGAUGAAUCCUUCCAUCUUAAAAGAUUCAGUGGUAUAAACUAUUCCAUACUGCAACCAGAGGUGAAAUUUCAUCUUACUGGUCUUCGAAAUGACUAUUAUCUCAAUAUUCUAGAUUGGAAUUUUCAAAAUCUUGUUGCUAUAGCCCUUGGAUCCUCUGUGUACAUCUGGAAUGGGGAAAGCCACAAUAAGAUUGAAAAUAUAGACUUCACUCUCAAUUGUAACUAUGUAUCUUCUGUGUCCUGGAUAAAAGAGGGAAACUGCCUGGCAGUUGGCACCAGCGAGGGAGAAGUACAACUAUGGGAUGUGGUAACUAAAAAGCGGCUGAGAAAUAUGCUUGGUCAUUUGUCAGUGGUUGGGGCUUUGAGCUGGAAUCACUAUAUUCUUAGCAGUGGGUCGAGGCUGGGCCGUGUUUAUCAUCACGACGUUCGGGUAGCCCGGCAUCAUGUUGGAACACUUCACCACCAACAAGCUGUGUGUGCUCUGAAGUGGUCGCCCGACAGUAGGCUGCUUUCCAGUGGCUGUAGUGACGGACUGCUGACUAUAUGGCCCGGUGACCCGAGUGCAAAAGCACAGGUUCAACCACUGAAAGUCAUACCCCAACCUACAGCAGUCAAGGCCAUGGAUUGGUGUCCCUGGCAGUCUGCAAUCCUUGCUGUUGGAGGCGGAAUGAAGGACGGACACUUACAUAUCUUGGACAUAAAUACCGGGCAAACCAUCCAGACCCCAAACAUGAACUCACAGAUUUGUUCCCUAAUCUGGCUCCCUAAGACAAAGGAGAUUGCAAGUGGCCAAGGUACUCCUAAGAACGAUGUGACUGUGUGGGCCUGUCCCGGUCUGGCCAGGUCGGCUGGAUUUUUUGGCCACAGGGGCAGAGUGCUGCACCUGGCUUUGAGUCCAGACCAGACCCAAGUGUUUUCUGCCGCAGCCGAUGGCACAGCCUGUGUAUGGAACUGCUGUGAGUCACUCAGCCCCUCUGUGAGCUCCAGUUUCCUCACUUUGAAGUGAGAAUGAUGACAUUGGCCUUGUCUUCUCCAUGGGGUUGUGGUGAGGAUCAAAUAGGAUAAAGUGCUUUUCUUGCGGUGAAUGUCUGUUUUCCUGACUUUCUUUCUCAGGUUGCUUUAUUUUCCUCACUUCCUCCUGUUGGAUUUCCCAGACAUUGUCUUGGCCUCUUUUCUACUUUCCUCUCCCUCCUGCUCCUCUUCUUCCUCCUCCUUUUUCUCCUUUUUUCUCUAUCUCUUCCUUGUUAGAGAUGCAUUUCCACUGCUCUAGUCAGAAUAUCUAUAAAAGAGAUUUCUAAACUCCUUUUUCCCACUUGACUUUCCAAGCUCCAGCCUCACCCUUCUUUCUGCCUCUGGAUAUUUCCUUUCUGAGAUCCUUUCUUAUCUUUAGCUCAAACUCAGAAUGUUAAAAAUACAUACAAAUAAUAUUUUGCUUGAAAAAUAUUGAUUAAAAUCCUACUGUAUGGUAGGCAGUAUGUUAAGCAUGCAUAUUAUUUCCUUUCAAAAUGAGAUCUUCCAUAGGACUUCCUUGUCCCCUUUCGUGGUCUCAUCCUUAUCCUGGUCAUCCCGUCACUCAGGAAACAUGCAGAUUAUUCUGCUCCAUGUUUACUCCAUUUACCUUUUGUUCUCUUUCUCUCCCUUUUGUUUCAGCCUAGGCAUGUCCUGAAUACCUGAUGACCACUCUGUUGUAAUUCCUUCUGUUUUUCCAAUCUUUAUUCUUCAUGGGUCUCCACACCACUGUUCGGUUACAUUUUUUUUUUUUAAUUUUUUUUUUCAACGUUUUUUAUUUAUUUUUGGGACAGAGAGAGACACAGCAUGAACGGGGGAGGGGCAGAGAGAGAGGGAGACACAGAAUCGGAAACAGGCUCCAGGCUCCGAGCCAUCAGCCCAGAGCCUGACGCGGGGCUCGAACUCACGGACUGCGAGAUCGUGACCUGGCUGAAGUCGGAUGCUUAACCGACUACGCCACCCAGGCGCCCCUCGGUUACAUUUUUAUAAGCACUGUGGUGAUCUUCUUAGGCCCCUGCUCAGAAACCUUCAAUGACUCCAUAUUACCUUAGUCCCUCACCUCAACCUUCAGGUCCCAAGCCCAGAACCUGAAGUAUGAUAACUGUGCUUACCUUGGCUCUGCCAUAAACUGACUGAAUGGCCUUGGGUUUGUUAUAACAUUUAUAAGAACAGGAAUUUGGAUUUGAUAACUGCUAAAUUGUUUUUAGGCUCAAUCAGGCCACUGUUCUUUUGUUCAAUUACCUUUUUAAAAAAUGUUUGUUUGAUAGAAAGGGUGUGAUCAGGGGUGGGACAGAGGGGGGGUGGGCAGAGGAUCUGAAGUGGGACUGUGUUGACCCUGGGCUAAGUCUUGUGAUUUCCUGCCUUGAUGCCUUUGUUGGAGCUUUUCUUCUAGUCUGGAAUUCCUACUUUCUUCAUUUUCUUUGCUCAUCUGCUAAGUCCAAACCUCUCCAGCAAGUGUUUUUGAGAUGAUGUUACCUAGGUUUGAACUCUUGGUAUCAGUCUAUACCACCCAUUUGAUAUUAAUAUACUAUUCAGAUCAAGAUACGAACAUUUAUUGUACCUUAAAGACUUCCUUGUACCCACUCUUAGUCAACACCUCUCCAUUAUUCUGACAUCUAUCCCUAUAGUUAGUUUUGUCUUAUGCAAACCUUCAGAUAAAUGGAAUCACACACUAUAUAUUCUUUUUGUUUGACUUCUUUCACUCAAUAUUAAGGUUGUAAGAUUAAUUCAUAUCAUUACAUGUAUCUGUAGAUUGUUCUUUUUCUUGCUGUGUAAUAUUCCAUUGUAUAAAUGUACAAUUGUUUAUCCAUUUUAUUGAUGAAUAUUUGAGCUAUUUUCAGGUUCAACUUUAAGAAUAAAGUUG